CGUCAUUCACCCACGUGACAACUUCCGCUGCGUCCGGGACGUUUUGACGCUGGUUUAUGAUUAGAGGCGGCGUACGGGGCUCGUCAUGGCGGCCGCCGCCGCCGCAAUGGAGACAGAUGAGCAAGCAAGAAUUCGAUUCCAGUUGGAGUUGGAAUUUGUUCAGUGUCUGGCAAACCCUAAUUACCUCAAUUUCCUAGCACAAAGAGGAUAUUUCAAGGAGAAACCAUUUGUGAAUUACCUAAAAUAUUUACUGUAUUGGAAGGAUCCAGAUUAUGCGAAAUAUUUAAAAUACCCCCAGUGCUUGCACAUGCUGGAGUUGCUGCAGUAUGAACACUUCCGUAAGGAGCUGGUGAACGCGCAGUGUGCCAAGUUUAUUGACGAGCAGCAAAUCUUACAUUGGCAGCACUACUCUCGAAAGAGGAUGAGACUGCAGCAAGCCCUGGCGGAGCAGCAGCCGCAGAACAACACCAUUGGGAAAUGAAAGCCUCUGUUCCCCCAGCACAACAUACAUCAUGGUCUAUGGGAUGCGAAUGCUGCCCGGACACUGUCAGCCUUAUUAUGGCCUAUCGUAUAUAUACUGCUGACCAGCAACCAUCAGAUAUGGGGAAGAGACCGCUUACUGGAUCUGGAAUUACUAACCCUUCUCUCUGACGACGAAAAUGACCAUUUAUAUCAUGUGCAGAAAUGAGAAGACUUGGAGAUUGGAGCGCACGGUCUGGAUUAGCUUUGAUAGUUCUAGAGAAGAUGAUUAUUGACCCGUCCUGAGGUUCGGUCUCCAUUUAAAAGGGAAUAAGUAAAAUUACCAAAUACCACUGUAGGUGGUGAGGGUGCUGGGGGCACCAUGUAUAGGCUGGUUUCACACAUGGUUUCCUUUGGGUUUGUUGUGUGUGUUUGUGUGUUUUUUUUUGUUUUUUUUUCUCUUUCAUUCCUGGUCAAAAAUGCAGCCAAGUCUAUAGUGAACUAUAAAACACAUUUUGUAUACA